AUGGGCAAGUCAAACAAGUUCGACUACUCGAACAGGCCGAAUAGCGGCGCAAAGCUCGGUAGCAUCAUCGGCAGAGACAUCGAGAAGGAGGCGGACAAGGUUGUCAAGGAUGUCGAGCGAAGGGCGCGCAAGUCGAGCACUGCCAGCAGCAUCAGCGCCAUCGGCAGCCUCGACAUCACAGAAGCUCUCGUGCAUCCGCUCGAUAUCAAAGCACCCUCCAAGCAGUUGGGCGACGAGGGCGCCUGCGCGCUGGCAGCAGGUUUGGAGGCUGCGCUGAAGGCCGGCACAACGAGGAGUGCGGCGGUGCUGCUCGAAGAUCUCAACCUCAGCGACAACGCAAUCACGACUAUCACACUUGCGCAACUUGGUCCAGUUAUUCAACGAGCACGUUACGAUCUCAAGACGCUUAAUCUCGCCAACAACAACAUCAGAGUGGAAAAUGACCAAGAGGCCGCAGACUGGGAAAUAUUCCUACGCUCGUUCGAGCAUUGUCUGAAGAUGCGACGCCUGGAUCUCAGCGGCAACAGAAACCUCGGUGCGCGUGCGCUCGAGAUCCUUGCACGCGUUCACGCUCAGGAGCCACAGAUCAAUCCGGUGUGUGCGCGGGGCGAUACAUCCGUGAUUUCACUCGACAACGAGGAAACGCAUUGCCAGGAUGAGGCCUCCAGUGCACACCGCGACGAUGCUAUGACCAGCGGUGGAAUCGUCAAGCGCCGUUGUGGGCUACGAGGCAUUCCGUACCUCACGUUCACAAACGUCGGUCUGAAUGAUACGGGGGCUCUAUGGUUGUCCUACGUACUCGAGGAACACCACUAUCCCAUUCAGCUGAUUGACUUUUUGAACGCUACGGCGGCAAAUUCGGGCAUCAAAACCUAUGCUCAGGAAGCUGCCUCUCUUGGUCUUGACUGGAGCACGCAAGAGCCAUUGUUGAGCAAAGACGGCGUGAAUCUCCUGAAGAAGACUGAGGCUGUGAGGAGGCAACUUAUGUUCGAUGAUGGCAGUAUCAUAGAAGCAUCUAUGACCGAGGGUUUGGAAAACACACGCGCACGUACUCAUGACCGACGAGGCAGCAUCCGAUCGAUCGCGACAGCUGAUGGCGGCGAGCACGAGCUAUCUGAGCUGGAGAGUCUCCGCACAAAAUUAAUGCGUCAUAUCAUUGCCGACACAGGUGUUGCACAGGUAGAGUUGUGGCAUACGGGACUCCGUGCUGCUAUCUCCGCCACAGUUCUGACCGGACUCGGACCUCGAGUGCGUGACCGCAACCCUGCCGUCUUCUAUACUGGUCCGCCGCUCUUCCGCAGUAGCUCUACAUGCAAUCAUCCUCAACCGGGCAAUGAAACACGACUACAGACGCCCAGCAACAGCUCCCAUGGCUCACCAAAGUCGCCAGGUGCCUCGCGGCAGGGCACGUACGCACACACGCUGACUGCUACCACGAUUGCGUCAACUGGAGAGCCCGAAUUGGCACUUACCGAAGUCACGAACACACCGACCACUCCCCGCAUGAUCUUCAAGCCACAUCGCAAAGGUGCCUUUAGUGAUGGCAGUGACUUGCAAGCUGUGAACCAGAAACUAGAGAGCCUUGACGUCGGAGACAAUGGGCCACAUCGUUUCGUGCGCUGGCAAGAGGACAUGGUGGGGAGAAGAGGUGGCAGCUGUGUAUUCCGCAAUACUAGUGUGCCAAGCCACCUUCCGAAACAUUUGAUGGACCGGAUUGUGGGCUAUACUGUGACUGAGCGGAAGUGGCAACUACUCGCGGAGAAGCAACGGAGAGCAGUAUGUGCUUGGGGCCAGAACCGAAACAAUUUCGGGGCGAGUGAGUCGUGGAGAAAGAUGCCGGCUUCCUCCCAGGUCGUCUCCUUGCUUGAGGUUAUCGAAUGUCAGUCCUAUCGAACUGUCUGA